AUGCCCGAUGUUGAUUCUAACUUAAAUUGGAACAAUUCGUGCAUUAUGGUGAUGUCAAUGGGAAAUUUUUUAAGCCGUUCUCAGGGUGGAUCCGUUGUUAAUGCACUUCUUGCUACAGGACUUUACAAAAUUCGAGCAUUAACUCGUAACCCAAAUUCCGAUAAAGCAAAAGCGUUAAAAGCUAAAGGAGUUGAUGAAGUAGUUAAAUGUGAUCUCUCUAACAAGGAGGAUAUUAAGAAUGCUUUAAGCGGUGCUGAUAUUGCUUGGAUUUUAAUCAUUGGUGUAAACCCUGGUGAAGAAGAAAGACAAGGUAAAUUGAUUGCCGAUGCCGCUAAAGAAGUAGGAUUUAACUGGUUAAUCUACAGUUUUCUUCCUGAUUCUACUACUGAAUCUGACGGAAAAUAUCCCGCUAUUAUUAAUUUAUCUGGAAUUUCCGCACCAUUUGUCGAUAAGGGUAAUGAAGUUGAACCAAUUGUUGCAAAAAUUAUUGAGGAGGGGCCAGCUAAAUGGAACGGUAAAAAAGUUCCUGUUGCUGCUGAGUCUGUUGGUUUGAAACAUUUGGCUGAUGUAUUAACCAAAGUUACUGGAAAAACUCAUAAAAUAAGAACUUUGAACGAUGACGACAUAAAAGAAUUUUCAUUCAUUGAUACUGAUGAAUUAAAACAAAUGCAUAAAUGGUUUAUAGAUUACGGACUUUUUGGAAAGGAUAAUGAACUUAAAGAUAUUUCUAUUGCCAAGAAAUUACACCCAAAAAUUAAAUCCUUUGAGCAAUAUGCAAUUGAAACUUACCCAAAGGCUUAA